UGUCACAAGCAUGUGACCCCGCUUCUCCAGUGACAGUAUUCUGAGGGAAUGAGAAAAGAGAUUUUUAAAGCCUCUUGCCUCUUUUGGGUUUGUGUGAAGCCUUCGCUCACCUCACGAGCAACCACAGAACCGCAGAAGUUCGGCUCAGGAUUUUUGCAUGGGGUGUAAAUGGUUAAUUGUCGCCGGUCAACUUCAGGUUUAAGGACGGCACCAACCAAGGCAUCAAGGGUCGGCGAAACCGCAGAGAAACGAAAAUUUGUAUGCCAAGUGACCGACAUGGCAUCCAAUAGCCUCUUCAGUUCGGUGACCCCGUGUCAGCAGAGCUUCUUCUGGGAUCCCAGCGCCGGCCGGAGGUUUAGUCCACCGGUAUCGGUGAAGAUGAACGAUGGGAACUCGAAUCCAGCACAACAGCAGCAGCAGGACAGCGCGGUGGUGCCGAGACUCCGUGCGCAAGAGAACCGCUCCAUGGCCGAGAUCAUCGCCGACCACCCCGCCGAACUGGUGCGGACCGACAGCCCGAACUUUCUCUGCUCGGUUCUGCCUUCGCAUUGGAGGUGUAACAAAACCCUACCGGUUGCCUUUAAGGUGGUCGCCCUGGGUGAUGUUUCGGAUGGGACGGUGGUCACAGUGAUGGCGGGGAACGAUGAGAAUUAUUCGGCUGAGCUCAGGAAUGCCUCAGGUGUUAUGAAGAACCAGGUGGCCCGCUUCAAUGACCUACGAUUUGUUGGCCGGAGUGGAAGAGGGAAGAGCUUCACUUUGACGAUUACAGUAUUCACAAACCCACCACAAGUGGCCACUUACCACAGGGCCAUUAAGGUGACGGUGGACGGACCACGAGAGCCCAGGAGACACAGACCAAAACUGGAUGACUCGCCGAAAGCCGGACUGUUCUCGGACCGGCUGAGUGAACUGGAACGAAUACGACAGAGCACGAUGCGGGUUACUGUGCCAACGCAAACGGCACGGCCAUCGCUUAGCAGUCCGAAUUCCUUCACACCCCAGGGACAGACGCAGAUAACAGAUCCACGUCAGGCUCAGUCUUCUCCACCAUGGUCAUACGACCAGACCUAUUCGUCGUACCUUAGUCCAAUGGCCUCUCCGUCCGUGCACUCCACCACCCCGCUCUCGUCCAGCCGAGCCACGGGUCUGCCCUCCAUCAGCGAUGUGCCCAGACGUCUCCCAGGUACGACGGAUUUGAGUCCUUUUCCUGGCCAAUUUGAACGUCAGUUUCCCGGUUUUUCCUCACUCACAGAAAGCCGAUUUUCCAGUCCGAGGAUGCACUACCCGGCCACAUUCACCUACACACCGACCCCCGUCACCAGCGGAAUGUCGCUCGGCAGCGCCCACUACCACACCUAUCUACCCCCACCGUACCCCGGCUCCAACCAGAGCCAAACUGGACCCUUCCAGAGCAGCAGCACACCCUAUCUCUACUACGGUGCCUCAUCCGGCUCCUACCAAUUCUCAAUGGUCCCGGGGGGAGAUCGCUCGCCGAGCCGGAUGAUGCCGCCGUGUACGAGCGCCUCCACGGGAACGAGCCUCGUCAACCCAAAUCUCCCCGUCCAGGCUGACGGAAGUGGGGGGGUUGAAGGAGACGGUAGUCAUAGUAACUCCCCCACUCUGCUUAAUCCUGCUGGUAGAAUGGACGAAGUUGUUUGGCGGCCAUAUUGACGGGACAGCAACAAACCUUUAUUAAACAAGCGGCAUGGUUUUAAAGCACAACGUUACUAGGAUUUCCAUCCUGUCUUGCUGAGCGACUUUCUCUGCCUAUGUUUUCGUAUCAUUUUUUUAAGAGUAUUUAUAAACCCGUUUAAUGGGGAGUAUUUUUACAUUGAACUAUUUUGGCUGUAUAACGUUACUCUGGACUUUCUGACCUCUGGGAAUUACUGUUAUUGACGGGGUUAUUUGGAAUUGAAAAAACAGAGACGGUUUAAGUAUUGCAUUAGCAUCGUUGUAUUAUUUAUAUGGCACGUCUUUAAUUAAAGCUGCAAUCUGU